CACAUGACUGGCAUCAGCUGACCCGUCACGGUGGAGCACAGCGCUGGCGCCCAGCAGCCCCCGCCCCGCCGCACCGGGAGCACAGGAGUCUGCGGAGGGGUAAGAGCGCCACCGGUCUUCCCCUCCUCUGUCGCCGGCUCACACCAACCACCUGCACCCCAGUCCCUAACCCUCGCCCAUCCCAUCCCGCCCGGCCUGGCACCCCGGAAGCCAUCGCGAAGAGGGCCGUGGCCACGCUCAGCCUCACGCUGCCCCCAGGCGGCCAGGAGGAGAUGGCCCAAGGGAGCAGAGUGAGGGAAGUCGUUCUUGACAGACGGGCGGAGGGCUGGCCUUCACCCCCAAGCGCCGACAUGGAGGAGCUGCUCCGGAGCGUGGAGAGGGACCUGAGCAUCGAUGCCCGGCAGCUGGCUCCUGCCCCGAGGGGCACCCACGUGGUGGCCUUAGUGCCCGCGCGCUGGCUGGCCAGUCUUCGCGAGCGUCGGCUGGGACCCUGCCCUCGGGUAGAAGGCUUGGGGGAAGCGGAAGUCAGGACUCUCCUGCAACGCUCUGUACAGAGGCUGCCCCCGGGCUGGACACGUGUGGAGGUGCACGGGCUGCGGAAGAGGAGAUUGUCCUACCCGCUGGGCGGAGCCCUGCCCUUUGAGGAGGGGUACUGCAGUCCUGAGACUCUCACUCGAUUCAUGCAGGAGGUGGCUGCUCAGAAUUAUCGCAACCUGUGGCGCCAUGCAUAUCAUACUUAUGGGCAGCUCUAUAGUCAUAGCCCUGCCCCCUGCGCUGCCCCUGCCCUGGACUCAGUAAGACAGGCUCUGCAAAGGGUCUAUGGCUGCACCUUCCUGCCAGUGGGCCAAGCCACCCAAUGCCCAUCUUAUGCCAGAGAUGGCCCCUGUCCCCCUCGGGGCAGCCCUGCCUGUCCCAGCCUCUUACAGGCUGAGGCCUUGCUAGAGUCAUUGGAGAUGCUGUAUGUGGUACACCCAUAUGUGCAGUUCUCCCUCCAUGAUGUAGUCACCUUCAGUCCUGCCAAGCUGACCAACAGCCAAGCCAAGGUGCUUUUCAUUCUCUUCCGUGUGCUGAGGGCCAUGGAUGCCUGUCACCGUCAGGGGCUGGCCUGCGGGGCUCUGUCUUUACACCACAUUGCUGUGGAUGAGAAGCUUUGCAGCGAGCUCCGGCUGGACCUGAGUGCUUAUGAGUUGCCCACAGAAGAUGAGAACAAAGAGGCCCCUGUAGUUAGGGAUGGGACAGUCAUUAAGUUUGAAAAGGAGGGGACAGGGAGACCUGGGUGCCUCACUUGCCAAGAAGAGCUUAGGGGCCUUGUGCUAGACUGGGUCCAUGGCCGCAUCAGCAACUUUCACUACCUCAUGCAGCUGAAUCGGUUGGCAGGUCGGCGGCAGGGGGAUCCCAACUAUCACCCAGUGCUGCCCUGGGUGGUGGACUUUACCACGCCCCAUGGGCGCUUCCGAGACCUGCGCAAAUCCAAGUUCCGUCUCAACAAGGGGGAUAAGCAACUGGAUUUCACUUAUGAGAUGACGCGACAGGCAUUUGUAGCAGGCGGUGCAGGUGGCGGGGAGCCACCUCAUGUUCCUCAUCACAUCUCAGAUGUGCUGUCUGAUAUCACAUACUAUGUAUACAAGGCUCGGCGCACACCCCGGUCAGUACUCUGUGGACAUGUCCGAGCACAGUGGGAGCCCCAUGAGUAUCCCGCCAGCAUGGAGCGGAUGCAGGCCUGGACACCUGAUGAGUGCAUCCCUGAGUUCUACACUGAUCCCUCCAUCUUUUGCUCUAUCCACCCUGACAUGCCUGACCUGGAUGUGCCAGCCUGGUGCAGCUCCAGCGAGGAGUUUGUGGCUGCCCACCGAGCACUGCUGGAGAGCCCAGAGGUGUCCCAGGACCUGCACCACUGGAUUGACCUCACCUUCGGCUACAAACUCCAGGGCAAGGAGGCUGUGAAGGAGAAGAAUGUGUGUCUGCACCUGGUGGAUGCUCACACCCACCUGACCAGCUAUGGUGUAGUGCAGCUCUUCGAUCAGCCACACCCUCAACGCCUCGCUGGGGCUUCUGCCCUUGCCCCUGAGCCUCCACUCAUCCCCCGGCUGUUGGUCCAGACCAUCCAGGAGACCACUGGCCGGGAGGACUUCCCAGGACAGCUUACAAAUGGGGUGGGCAGGCUGGUUUUAGAGGCUACUCCAUGUGAGGCUGGCUGGACUAGAGACAGGUCCUUGGCAGGGGAAGAAGACUUAGAGCAGGCCACAGAAGCUCUGGAUUCCAUCUCCCUUCCUGGGAAAGCAAGUGACCUGCUGGGUUCUUCUUCCAGUCAAGCUCCUGCAGGCCUCCUGUCUUUUUCAGUGGCCUCAGCCUCUCGACCAAGCCGCAGGAACAAAGCCACUGGGGCAGACCCUGGGGAGGGUGAGGAGGGGAAGAUCCUUCUUCCUGAGGGCUUCAGUCCUUUGCAGGCCCUGGAGGAGCUGGAAAAAACAGGCAACUUCUUGGCCAAAGGUCUAGGGGGCCCAUUGGAGGUGCCUGAGCAGUCUCAGAUCCAGCCACAUGUGCAGCUGCAGGACCUCUUCCAUCGGGACAUGCAGGCACUGGGUGUGCUUUUGGCUGAGAUGGUGUUUGCCACCAGGGUUCGGACGCUACAACCUGAUGCACCUUUGUGGGUACGCUUUGAGGCUGUUCAGGAGCUCUGUACACGCCAUGCCAAAGAGGUCCCUGUGUCUUUGCAACCUGUACUGGACACACUUCUGCAGCUGAGUGGACCCAAAGGCCCCAUGGUUGCAAAGCGGGGCAAGCUGAACCCACUGUUUGAGUACAGACCUGUCUCCCAUGGGUUACCCCCGCCCUGCCCAGCCCAGCUCCUCAGCCCCUUCAACUCUGUGGUUCCCUUCCCUCCGUACUUCCCGGCACUGCACAAGUUCAUCCUCCUGUACCAGGCAAGGCGUGUGGAGGAUGAGGCCCAAGGACGGGAGCUGGUGUUUUCUCUGUGGCAGCAACUGGGCUCAGUACUAAGUGAUAUCACUCCCGAGGGCCUGGAGAUCCUAUUGCCCUUCGUGCUGUCACUCAUGUCUGAAGAGCACACAGCCGUGUACACAGCCUGGUACCUAUUUGAACCUGUUGCCAAGGCACUGGGCCCCAAAAAUACCAAUAAGUACCUCCUGAAGCCUCUCAUUGGUGCCUAUGAGAGCCCUUGUCAGUUGCACGGCCGCUUCUACCUGUACUCGGAUUGCUUUGUGGCUCAGCUGAUGGUGCGGCUUGGCUUGCAGGCCUUUCUGGUCCACCUACUUCCCCAUGUCCUGCAGGUGCUAGCUGGUGUGGAGGCCUCCCAGGAGGAGAGCAAGGGCCUGGUUGAGGCCACUGAAGAUGAGGAAAUCGAGCUCCCAGGGCCUGGUCCUGGCUCCUGUGCCUUUGGGGAAGAGAUUCAGAUGGAUGGGGAGCCUGCCACCUCCUCAGGCCUGGGGCUCCCAGACUACAAAUCAGGCGUCAGUUUCCAUGACCAGGCUGACCUCCCUGAGACAGAGGACUUCCAAGCCGGCCUCUAUGUGGCUGAGUCUCCACAACCCCAGGAGGCUGAGGCUGUGAGCCUGGGCCGGCUGAGUGACAAGAGCAGCACCAGCGAGACCUCCUUGGGCGAGGAGCGGGCUGCAGAUGACGGGGCUGCCCCUGUGGAUAAGAGUAGCCUCAGGUCAGGUGACAGCAGCCAAGACUUGAAGCAAAGUGAGGGCUCUGAGGAGGAAGAAGAGGAGGAGGAAGGCUGUGUGGUGUUGGAGGAGGAGGAGGGGGAGCAGGACGAGGUUACUGGAGCCUCUGAGCUCACUCUGUCUGACACAGUGCUGUCCAUGGAGACAGUUGUGACCAGUGGUGGCAGGGGAGACAGAGAGGAGGAGGAGGAGGAGCCCCUGAUGGAGCAGUCUGAAGGCAAAGAACAGAAGAUCCUCCUUGACACAGUCUGCAAGAUGGUCCGCUGGCUGUCUGCCAAGCUUGGCCCCACCGUGGCCUCUCGCCACGUGGCCCGGAACCUGCUGCGCCUGCUGACGUCUUGUUAUGUUGGGCCCACUCGGCAGCAGUUCACGGUCAGCAGUGGUGAGAGCCCCCCGUUGAAUGCUGGUAACAUCUAUCAGAAGAGGCCUGUACUGGGCGACAUAGUGUCGGGGCCUGUUCUCAGCUGCCUCCUCCACAUUGCUCACCUGUAUGGGGAGCCUGUUCUCACCUACCAGUACCUGCCCUACAUCAGCUACCUGGUGGCCCCAGGUAGCAACUCAAGUCCUAGCCGACUGAACAGCCGCAAGGAGGCAGGACUGCUCGCCGCAGUGACACUGACUCAGAAGAUCAUUGUGUACCUCUCAGACACCACCCUCAUGGACAUCCUGCCCCGGAUCAGCCAUGAGGUCCUGCUACCUGUGCUCAGCUUCCUUACUUCCCUCGUCACAGGGUUCCCAAGUGGGGCCCAGGCCCGGACUGUCCUGUGUGUGAAGACCAUCAGCCUCAUCGCCCUCAUCUGUCUGCGCAUUGGGCAGGAGAUGGUCCAGCAGCAUCUGAGUGAGCCCGUGGCUACCUUCUUUCUAGUUUUCUCUCAGCUGCAUGAGCUGCGGCAGCAGGAUCUGCAGCUGGAUCCUGAGGGCUGUGGUGAGGGCCAAUUGCCAGAAGCGACUUUCUCUGAUGGGCAGCGGCGGCCGGUUGAUCCUACCCUGCUGGAAGAGCUGCAGAAGGUGUUCACUCUGGAGAUGGCAUACACAAUCUACGUACCCUUCUCCUGCCUGCUGGGUGACAUCAUCCGGAAAAUCAUCCCCAACCAUGAACUGGUUGGGGAGCUGGCAGGGCUAUAUCUGGAAAGCAUCAGCCUGAGCUCUCGCAAUCCUGCUAGCCUGGAACCCACUAUGCCCAGUGCCGGCCCUGAGUGGGACCCCCAGGGUGGGGGCUGUCUCCAGGAUGAUGGUCACUCAGGGACUUUUGGGAGUGUCCUGGUUGGAAAUCGCAUCCAGAUCCCCAGCGACUCUCAGUCUGAGAACCCUGGGCCGCUGGGCCCCAUCUCUGGGGUGGGUGGUGGGGGCCUUGGCAGCAGGAGUGAGGACAAUGCCCUGAAGCGGGAGCUUCCUCGGAGUGCCCACGGGCUGAGCGGGAACUGGCUGGCGUACUGGCAGUAUGAGAUUGGUGUGAGCCAGCAGGAUGCUCACUUCCACUUCCAUCAGAUCCGCCUGCAGAGCUUCCCAGGCCACUCAGGGGCUGUCAAGUGUGUGGCACCCCUGAGCAGCGAAGACUUCUUCCUGAGUGGUAGCAAGGACCGUACUGUGCGCCUUUGGCCACUGUACAACUAUGGGGAUGGUACCAACGAGACAGUCCCCCGCCUCAUCUAUGCCCAGCACCGGAAAAGUGUCUUCUAUGUGGGCCAGCUUGAGGCCCCUCAGUAUGUGGUGAGCUGUGACGGGGCUGUGCACAUCUGGGACCCCUUCACAGGGAAGAUCCUUCGCACAGUGGAGCCAUCAGACAGCCGAGUGCCUCUGACUGCAGUGGCCGUCAUGCCUGCCCCCCACACCAGCAUCACCAUGGCCAGCUCUGACUCUACCCUACGCUUUGUGGACUGUAGGAAGCCUGGCCUGCAGCAUGAGUUCCGACUGGGUGGUGGGCUGAACCCUGGGCUUGUUCGCUCCCUGGCAGUCAGCCCUAGUGGCCGUAGUGUCGUGGCUGGCUUCUCCUCGGGCUUCAUGGUGCUCCUGGACACUCGCACGGGCCUAGUUCUGCGAGGCUGGCCAGCCCAUGAGGGGGACAUUCUGCAGAUCAAGGCAGUAGAGGGCAGCAUCCUGGUCAGCUCCUCCUCUGACCACUCCCUGACCGUCUGGAAGGAGCUGGAGCAGAAGCCCACACACCAUUACAAAUCAGCAUCUGACCCCAUCCAUACCUUCGACCUGUACGGCAGUGAGGUGGUCACUGGCACUGUAGCCAACAAGAUUGGUGUCUGCUCCCUGCUGGAGCCCCCCUCCCAGGCCACCACGAAGCUCAGUUCUGAGAACUUUCGUGGCACACUCACCAGCCUGGCCUUACUACCCACUAAACGCCACCUCCUGCUAGGUUCAGACAAUGGUGUCAUCCGCCUCCUAGCAUAGGCUGAGGUGGAAACUGACUGGACGGGGGCAAGCUGACAGUAAAGCUGAGAGUAAAGCUCCUUGCCUUGAUUUCCUAGCAGCUCCCUCCAGGCAGGUAUCAGGUCCUAGUCCCUGUGUACCCACAUGGCCUGCCAGCUAGGGCCUCCAACGGGGGUCCCAGUCCCUGACUCUCCAAAGCCAUGAGGGCUGCCAGAGGGGUUCUCACUCAUGCCUUGAGGAGCUGCAGCUACUAGCCAGUAGGAAGCAAGGAGAGCAGGGGAAUCAUUGCGAGCCCCAUUUCUCCCCGCUUCUGCCCUCUGGAUCCACACAGGGACAAGGAAGCUUCAGGAGGGGAAGGCAGACUGGCCUUGCCCAGCCAGUCUCUAGCCAACCUCUCCAACCCCUGCUGGGCUCUCCCUGCCCUGUCCCCCAAGGACAGGAAGCUGUCCCAGUCCAGGGCACUGAUGGUGCUUGGACUACAGAAGGGCUAAGGAAGGCUGGUCAUGACCCAGGACGUAAAGACCUUGGUCUUUAAGCACCUACCCAGCCAGGCCCUGCCCAGUAUGGAACCAAAAGGAGAAGAAAGACGGAAGGACCAGGGGAGAGAAGGUGGACUGGGCCAACUGGUGCCUGCCAGGAGGUACUCCAUGCCUUGCCCGCCCGCCCCUAACCACAGUGUUUGUGCCUUGAGCUGAGGAGGCAGCCCCUGAGCCCAAAACCUCUGGGGGUGUGCAGUCCAAGGUCCUGAGAGAAGGGACAGAAGAAAAGCUCUGAAUCUCAGGUCUCUCCCAAGGGACAGGAAGACUCAGGCAUCUCUUGAGUCCUCACCUGGAGCAGAGCUGAGGUCUGAUGUUUGGUCCCUGCUGUCUCCUCACUAUUUGCAAUAGAUGUAAAUAUAAUCAAUAAAUCCUUUCAAGGAGCCAUG